CUCGUCUAGUCGUUUGAGAUGGCAGAAGAUGGAAAGUUCUGAAUUGAGAAGUUCGAUGGUACAAAUUUCAGUUGGUGGAAGAUGCAAAUUGAAGAUUUGCUGGUUCAGAAAGAUUUGGACGUGGUAUUGGGUGACAAGCUAGAAAAGAUGUCGGAUGCAGAUUGGGUAGAUUUGGAUCGGAAAGCUAUGUCCGUGAUCCGCCUCUCGUUGACCAAGAAUGUUGCGUUCAACAUUCUGAAGGAGAAGACAGUGAAGGGAAUUAUGGAUGCGCUGUCUAACAUGUAUGAGAAGCCAUCUGCUGCGAACAAAGUUUUUCUGAUAAGAGAGCUGGUGAACACAAAAAUGAAAGAAGGCACUUCAGUUACCGAGCAUAUCAACAAGUUGAAUUCGAUCUUAGCCAGACUAUUGUCAGUGGGCAUUAAGUUCGAUGAUGAAGUUCAAGCUUUACUACUGCUAUCGUCUUUACCUGAUAGUUGGUCCGGAACGGUUACAGCAGUUACCGGUUCAGUGGGACCCGAUGGAUUCACCUUUGAUCAGAUUCGAGAUCUCGAUGUCAAAGUUGUUCCAGCCUUGAAGAAAAGUUUGAUUUCUGUCAGGCAGUUGGACGAACAGGGACACGAGGUGAAGUUCAGAGAUGGGCAGUGGAAGGUCGUGAAGGGAAAUCUUGUCAUGGCCCGUGGAAGGAAGAGAGGUUCGUUGUAUAUGGUCGAGUUACCAUCUGAGGGAGUGACCGUCCCAGUUCAGAAGAAAAACGAAGUCCGGUUCACAGAGUCUCGUGGGCAGAAUAAGGUUGUCUGUGCAAGAGAGAAACCUAGAGCCACUGGUCAGACUCAGGAUGAACGAGCGUGGAAAGGUUCAAGGGGGCCAGUCAGAGGCAUUGGCGAAGGGAAAUCCACCUCCAGGCCACCACUCUUUGAUGACACCAACUACUCCUAUUGGAAGGAAUGGAUGAGAAUCUAUAUCCGUUCCACCAACUUCCAAUUGUGGUUAGUGAUCAAGAAUGGCGAGGAAAUCCCAAUGAAUAAAGUGGGAGAAACCAUGGUCCCAAAGACCGAAGACGAAUUUGAUGCCGAGGACAUCAAGAAGAUUGAGAAUUAUGCAAAGGCCAUCAAUAUGCAAUAUUGUGCGGUCAACCCCGAUGAAUACCGAAAGAUCUCCUGUUGCACAACCGCCAAGGAGAUGUGGGACAAGCUUGAAGUGACAUACGAAGGUACCGAUCAAGUGCGUGAAGCCAAGAUCGAUUUUCUCACCCAAGAGUAUGAAAUGUUCCGAAUGAAGGAAGGAUCUCUUAAGGAAAAUCCUGCCGAGCCUCACCCCGAAUGGAGAUCAAAAGCCGAUGCAAUCUAUGAAUCCAUUGGAGUCUCCAACGUCACCAUCGACGGGCUAAGAGGUAAUCUUAAAACCUAUGAAUCUACUAUUCUAACCCCGUCUUUGGAUGAACAAAAGAAAAAGGGGAUAGCUCUCAAAGCCACCAAGGAACCGGUGGAAGAGGUUUCAAGCGAUGACGACAAUGAGUUUGGACUCAUCAUCAAGAAGUUUCACAAGUUCAUGAAGAAGGAAUUUGAGCAGAAGGGAAGGAAGCACGACGGUCCUCCCAAGUGCUACGGCUGUGGCGAGAUUGGCCACAUCAAGCCAAGGUGUCCAAAAGUCAAGCACGGCAAGGACAAGCCCGGAUUCAAGAAGCAAAGGGCUUACAUCUCUUGGGGUUGCGAUUCCGGUGACGAAUCAAGCGACCAAGAGGAGGACGAAGCUGCAAAUCUUUGCCUCAUGGCACACGAAGAUCAAAACGACGACGUCUAAGAGGUAUGUACCAUUUCUUCCGACUCUUAUACUUUUGAAGAAAUGCAAGAAGCACUUCAUGAACUUUAUGAAGAAUUUGUUAGCGCUUCUAAAAUGAAUAAAUCUUUAAACAAACAUCUUUCUACACUUGAAAACGAUUUUGAAAAAUUGGAAAAAGACAAUGAAAAAUUAAAACAAGAAAACAAUUUUUUUUGG